AUGACUGCAAAGACGUUACUCGACGAACGAGCGAGAAGCUCAGAAGUUCUCGAUGGUGACAAAUUAGUUGCAUCCCUCAGAAACCUUUCCAAAGGCCUGUCGUUACCGGACUCGACGAAUUUUGAUGCAAUAGCACUCAAGAUAAUAACAAAUCUCCCGCCAAGCGUACGACGCUCAGAAUUUAUUCAGUUCACCGGCGAGAUCUUAGUAGCACUGACGACGACUCAUCCCGAUUUUGCACUGCUCGCUGCGCGAUGGGAGCUGUUUAACCUUCACAAACGUAUGAAAAAUAUCACAUUUACAGAGAAUUUAAGGGCUAUCAGAGAAUUCAGAGCGGUAGGAAAUGGACCCCCAGCUGCUAAAAGGCGAAAAACUGAGACCAAACGGCCGAUUGUGAAAAAAGUUAUUUCGGACAGCUUUUACAAACUGGCAUUGAAAUAUCGGGAUGUUCUCGAUAAAGCUAUUGUUCCUAAGAGAGAUUUUGACUUCUCGUACUUUGGCUGGAAGACGCUGGCCAAAUCGUAUUUGAUCAAGCACGAUAACGAUGAGAUUCAUGAAACACCACAAUUUUUAUUUAUGAGAGUAGCGUUGGCCAUCCGUGGUCCCCAGGGUGAUUUGGACGGUGUCCUUAAGACAUAUGACUUGAUGUCACGCAAAUACUUCAUUCAUGCAUCACCGACCCUUUUUAACGCUGGUACGGUGAACCAGUACCUGUCAUCCUGUUUUCUAGUGGGCAUGAUGGAGGAUUCAAUCGAUGGUAUUUAUCGCACGCUUCAUAAAACUGCUAUGAUCUCGAAAGGCGCUGGAGGAAUUGGGAUUCAUGUAUCGAAUAUCAGAGGAACGGGCUCUUACAUAUCAGGGUCCAACGGGACGUCAAAUGGACUUGUACCGAUGUUGAGGGUUUUCAACAAUACUGCAAGAUAUGUUGACCAGGGUGGAAAUAAACGCCCAGGUGCUUUUUGCAUCUACUUAGAGCCAUGGCAUUCGGACGUUUUCGAUUUCUUACAACUUCGCAAAAACCAUGGCAAAGAGGAAUUAAGGGCGCGCGAUCUAUUCUGCGCCCUAUGGAUUCCAGAUAUCUUCAUGAAACGUGUCCAGGACAAUGCCUCUUGGUCUUUAUUUUCGCCAGAUGAAGUUCCUGGAUUACAGGACUGUUAUGGUGAAGAGUUUGAAAGGAUGUACGAAAGCUACGAGGCCACUUUAACUCCCAAAAAAGUGGUACAAGCACAGAAGCUUUGGAGCGAAAUCUUACAAAGCCAAGUUGAGACUGGUGGUCCUUUCAUGCUCUACAAAGACUCGUGCAAUACAAAGUCAAAUCAAAAAAACCUGGGGACAAUUAAAUCAUCCAAUUUGUGCUGUGAAAUCAUUCAGUACAGUUCGCCAAAGGAAACUGCCGUGUGCAACUUAGCCUCAGUGGCGCUGCCGUCUUUUGUAAAUAAGAAAGGCGUUGCAGUAAAAUUUGACUUUAGAAAACUACACGAUGUGGUCAAGGUUAUAACUAAAAACCUGGACUCGGUGAUCGAUAUCUGUGAUUAUCCUGUGGAUGACGCUGAAUUAAGUAACAGAAAAAAUCGACCUCUUGCGAUUGGGGUCCAAGGACUGGCUGACGUGUUUUUCAUGAUGCGUUUACCAUACGACUCUCAGAACGCGCGUAUUUUGAAUCGGCAGAUUUUCGAAACGAUGUAUCACGCUGCUGUUGAGAUGUCAAUUGAAUUAGCUGAGAAGAAAGGUCGCUAUCCGAGCUUCGAAGGGUCACCCAUAUCGCAGGGGCUUUUUCAAUUUGACUUGUGGGGUUUGAAUGAGAAAAACUACGAUUUUCUGUACACUGACUGGGAAGAUUUGAAGAAUCGCGUUAAAAGACAUGGUAUAAGAAACUCGCUCUUGAUAGGCCCGAUGCCUACUGCCUCCACGUCUCAAAUUUUAGGAUUUGUGGAGUCCUUCGAGCCAGUAACUUCUAAUAUUUAUAACAGAAGGGUACUGAGUGGUGAGUUCACCCUUGUGAAUAAGUACAUGGUGGAGGACUUUUGUCACCUUGGAAUAUGGGAUCAAAAAUUAAAGAAUAGAAUCAUUGCUGAUGAUGGUUCCAUUCAAAGCAUAGAGGGUGUUCCUCAGGAAAUGAAAGACCUUUAUCGAACCGUUUGGGAGUUGCCACAGCGUGCUUUGAUAGAUUUGUCCGCUGAUCGGGGGCCCUUCGUGGAUCAGUCACAAAGCUUGAAUCUUUACUUGAAAGAACCUACAAUGGGUAAGCUUACCAGCAUGCACUUUUACGCUUGGAAAAAGGGCCUCAAGACCGGAAUGUAUUAUUUACGUACCCAAGCAGCGUCUGGGGCUAUCAAAUUUUCCAUUAGCGAUGAAACCACUCUGCAUGGUGCAGUUGACAUUUCAGGGGGUCUGGCAACGGAAAAGGUAGCUAUUGGAGCACACUAUCCUGAUGUGUGUGAUUCCAGGGUGGCGUUUGGAGCUCCCGGUCCGGAUUUGCUGGAACAAGCACAGGAUGAUUCAAAUGACACGAGGGAAAGCUUUGCGGGUCGAAGCGACAAAUUUGGAAUUCAUGAUUCCACGCCAAUCACCUGUCUUCUUGGCAAAGCAGCGGAGAAUUGUGAAAGCUGCUCUGGGUAA